AUGUCCGUAAACGCACUGAUAUACCGGCUUGUAUCCGCAAUGUCGGACGCGGCGUUUUUAAGAGAAAAGCACAUAUACGUAGAGCGGCUUGUGGGCACGGGAUCGUUCUCUAAGGUGUACCUGACCCGAGUCGGGGAUAUCAAAAGCAAAAUGGUGGCGACAAAAGUAAUCGACAAGAAUUUCGUCUCGGAUAAUUUCGUCCAAAAGUUUUUGCCCCGUGAACUCGAUGUGCUGCUCAAACUAAAACAUCCGUUCGUGAUACCGGUGUACAGCAUCUACCAGAACUACAACAGGGUGUACAUAAACAUGGAGUACGCGGUCAACGGCGACAUGGCCGCGUUCCUAAAGACGGUCAGGCUGUCUGAGCCGCAGAUCCGCUCGUGGCUGGUGCAGAUCCUGUGGGCGCUGCAGUACAUGCACCGGGUGGGCGUGGUGCACCGGGACCUCAAGUGCGAGAACUUGCUGCUGACGAUUAACUACAAUGUGCGCGUUGCCGACUUUGGGUUCGCGCGGUUCGUGAGCCGCGGCCGGAACCCGCGCGCCAAGUCCAUAUGCGGCACGCAGACGUACCUGUCGCCGGAGUUGCUGUUGGGCACGAAGCCAUACAACCCCGUGGUCGCGGACGUGUGGGCCAUCGGCGUGGUGCUGUUCAUGAUGGCCAACAACCUGCCGCCGUUCAACGACUCCCGGAAGAAGGACAUAAUCAAUAAACAGUUGGCUAAAGAUUUUAAGUUCAGAAACGUAUUGAAUCGAAGCGAGUCUCUUAAAAUAUUGACCACCAUGUUCCUGGAACCAGAUAUUCUUCAGCGUAUAACAAUUAAAAGAGCUUUGCAAAGCUCGUGGAUAAAAGAAGGCAAUAUCGAAACUCCCAUGGCCGUACAUAGAGCUACCAAUAAUGGCAAAUUGGAGGAAAAUUUAAGACAACCGGUUAUUUCAUCGGACACUCUGACUCAACCUUUAUUUAGUUACGAAUCAACCAAUAUCAAGGAAUCGUUGAGCGAGUUCAACAUGAAUUUUACCGACAUCCAUAAGCCCGAUGAAGAUUUCAGACCUUUUUCAGUGAUAGCAGUUCCAUGA